UGGGCGUCGUCAAAUGAGAUUGGCCUGUUGGCUCGAUAGAAAAUGAGAAACACACAAGUCUUCUACGCAUCGUGAGGGACGAGUUAAGAGUUAUUCUUCCCACGUUAUGCCACAACUUCCAUUUUCACUUGAAGAAAACCGAAUUUCCUUCACCGCUGACGCUGAAAAUAUUAACUACUGAUUACGAUUCUGUGGCAUAAAACGGUAUCCUCCUGUCUCUAAUGCUUGGACAUCACACGAUAGGAAUUUUGUUGAUAGCUGCAUGGCUAUCUACGGUUGAUCCAGAACUUGUGAUUGAUCCAGAGACCACCCUCGAAUGUCAUCGACGAGAAUUCACAUUUCGAGCUUCUCAGACUGAUGCUAGUGGGCGGCAGUGUUGGGACCAUGUCACUGCAAUGUCAUGUUGGGGCCGAUGUGAUUCAGGAGAGAUUGGAGACUGGAGGUUUCCCUUCAAAAGACCUUUUCACCCCGUCUGCGUACAUGAGAGUCGACAGAUCCGGUACACUUUGCUGGAAAACUGCGAUCCUGGAGCUGAUAUUAGCACUGCCGCAUAUGAAUAUUAUGAGGCGACAUCUUGUGCUUGCUUGAAAUGCGAUUCUUCAACCACUAGUUGCCAAGGUAUUCCUACACUUGAUCAGCAUCAGCAUCAGAAUAAGGAGGUGUUUUCCGCUCCAGUAACGAAACCUGGUCGCAUUCUGCCAACGGGGUCACUAGACUAAUAUUUUUCUUCAAUUGUACAGUAGAAUUUUCACGGUUAUACUGAGAGCUCUUCCAAUGAAUUUGCAAACGUUUGAAAAAAAAAAGGAAUACUUUUUAUUGAUCUGAAAGAUUACUAGGAUCAUAAAUGAACUAAUAUCUAAGCAUAGUAAAUAUUUUAAUAUAAAUUAAAUUUAUAGAAUUAUUGGUUAAGUAUAGGGAAAAGAGAUAUUACAUUAUUUUUCGUAAUUAUUAGUAAGGUGAAAUGAAAAUGGAAAUUACUUUUGAUUGAGUUUUUUUGCUUUACACCGUCAGCUAAAUAGAUUAAACACUCAGAAAAUCACUUUAACUCUUAAAUGUAAAAUCCUUUCUUUAUAUAGCUAUAUAUCUAUACCAGUGUGUAUAUAUAUAUGAUGUAAAGUAAGUGAAAUUUUAAUAAUAAACGAAUUGAAAUCAUUUAGAGUAUAAUGUAUGUGUUUACAGUAACAAAAGUAAAAUUUUUUGAAGUGCAAACAUGUCGAUAGUUUAAAGCGAAAUUUAAGAAAGCAAUGAAAUCAACAUUUAAAAAAACUCAGAAUUUAUGGGAAAUAAUUUGAAAAAAAAAAAAAGCAAGUUUUAAACUAUAAUUUAAAAAUCUGACGUAUAAUUUAUUUUUUAUCACUUAAUUUUUAAAUCUAUUCAAAAUGUUUGCUACUUUUAAUGAAUAUUCAACACUUUUUCAUAAUGCGCACGACUGGUAUGGUGUAAUGAAAAGGGAAAUUACUUAAGCGUGUAUAAUUGCUAAAUGGUUUAUCGUUUAAUAAUUGAUGAAAAUAAGCAGAAUGAUAUUGUCGCUAAUAAACAGUUUCUUACGAAAUGAACAUUGUUUCUUCACAGUUCUUACAGUAUAUGAGAAUCAGAAGAAAACAAAACUCCGAAUUUUGCAUAACGGUCUUUUAUACUUUUUUAUUUUCUCUCAACAUUUUGUAUUCUUUUGUGGAAAAAGAUCAGAUACAAAAUAAGCUGAUAUAAGUCGAAAAGGUCCUUUCAUAGGAACUGAAGUAGUAUGUAUACAUGGUUUGUAUUACUAUAAAAUAAUGUUUAAGAGAUUUCAAAGUUCAAGAAUUAUAUUUGUAAAUUAAAAACCCUGCAGUGCUACAUAAUGUGAAAUAAGUUAUAUAGUAAUAAUAGUUUCAUAAAGAAACUUCAACUCAGCUGUAAAGUGAAAAGUCUACUGUACUUAAAAUUUCUCAAAUGGAGAAAAUGUUCCAUAUUUGUUAUUAACCAGUGAAUAAAAUUCAAAUUAAAUAAUUGUAACGAGACUUCUUUCACAAAAGUACAUUAGAAUCUUACUUUAAUUUUUCUAACACUAUUAUUGUACUCUAUUUCAUUUUUUGUGACGUGAGUGUUAUUUUGAAACUUCAAAAAACAGUAA